AUGGCCAUGCUACAAACAGCCUUCUCUUUCUCUUCCCUCUCUUCUCUCCCUCGUUCCUCUCUUUCACUCCUCUCCUCCACUCCACUCUCCUCUCCAUCCCCAACUCUUUUGAAACUUUCUUACUCUACAAAAAUCCAAUGUACCAACACCGACAAACAACAACAGGCACAAACAACUCGAAGUUAUGAUCCCAAGAGUGGAGUUGCUGUUUACAAGCCUAAAUCCUAUGAAGUUCUUGUCACUGAUGCUGCCAACUCUCUUGCCUUUGCUCUUCAAGAUGGAAAAAUCCGCCUUGAAAUCGAUUUCCCGCCCUUGCCUAGCAACAUCUCUUCUUACAAGGGAUCUUCAGAUGAGUUCAUUGAUGCCAACAUUCAACUUGCCUUGGCUGUUGUCAGGAAGCUGCAAGAAAAAAGAGAAACCAGAGCUCGCCUUGUGUUUCCUGAUAAGCCAGAAAAGCGAAGGGCUUGUCAGAUUUUCAAAACAGCUCUUGACUCGAUUGAUGGUAUAACAAUAGGUUCCCUUGAUGAUGUCCCUAGCGGUCCUGUCACCACAUUUUUCAAGUCUGUGAGGAACACCUUAGAUUUUGAUUUUGAAGAUGAAAAUGAAGGUCGUUGGUCGUCCAAUGAACCACCAUCACUCUAUGUAUUUAUUAACUGCAGUACACGUGAACUUUCUGUUAUAGAGAAGUAUGUGGAAAAAUUUGCCAUUUCGACCCCAACACUUCUAUUCAAUCUUGAACUUGACACAUUGCGUGCUGACUUGGGUCUUCUGGGAUUUCCAACCAAAGAUUUACAUUAUCGAUUUCUUUCUCAAUUCAUGCCAGUGUUUUAUAUUCGAAUCAGAGAGUACUCAAAGGUGAUGCUUAAACAAACAGAUAGUUCUUACGCUUGUGUAGCAGAGAGUGCAACACGCUUCACACUUAGUGAGACGAAAGAAGAAUUGUUGAGGGUCCUCGGACUGCAGGAGGAACAGGGAACCUCACUAGAAUUUCUUCGCAGAGGCUACAAGUCUGCCACUUGGUGGGAAGAAGAUGUUGAACUUGAAACAUCUUCUGAUUGGCGUAGUUGA